UGAGUUGCAAUGGGCUUUUCCGAAUUGGGUUGAAGACUUGAAGCUGAAAAUCAACCGAGCAGAAAGAAAUUAGACCUUGGCCACAUGUUUGUUUGUUGAAGAAGACAAAGGGCAACAAUGGCCAGCUUCGUCAACAUCUCGUCUUCUCCGCUCAUGUCUCGAUCCUGUCCUCUUCCUUCUCUUCCUUCUCGUUCCGUUACGGCCAGAACCCAAUUCAAGAAGGGAUGGUGUAGAGGUUUGAGAGUGAAGUGCAUGUCCUCAGGGGCGAAUCAAGAUGCGGAAUCCGAAUCUGAAACGACGACGUCUUCUUCGCCUCCGUAUCCUUCGUUAUCAUCUUCGAGCAUUUCUACAUACAAUUGGUGUGCAGCCCUCGGAGGAACAGGGUUUCUGGAAACUGUAUACUUGACUUACCUCAAGCUCACCGAUUCAGAUGCCUUUUGUCCUCUUGGUGGUGGCAGCUGUGGCGACGUACUGAACAGUGAUUAUGCUAUCGUUUUUGGUGUUCCUCUUCCAGUCAUUGGGAUAGUAGCAUAUGGUUUUGUUGCAGCACUUGGUUUACAGUUGCCUAGAAAGAAUCCCUUCGGAAUUGGCGAGUCUAAUGGUCGUUUGAUUUUACUUGCGACCGCUACCUCCAUGGCAACUGCUAGUGGAUAUUUUUUGUACAUUCUUAGCACAAAAUUGUCAGGAGCAUCUUGCUCAUACUGCCUAAUGUCAGCUUUCUUGUCAUUCAGUUUAUUUUUCAUCACUUUAAAGGAUUUUGGUUUGCAAGAGAUCCAGAAAGUAUUGGGUUUGCAGUUAUCUGUCGCAUUCUUGGUGAUUGCUGCAUUGAGCACCUCAUAUGGUACUUCUGCACCUGCAUCCUCCAGCCUGGCUGAAAUCAAUCUACCAUAUUUUACCUCUGAAAUAACCACGCCAUCAAGUCCUUUUGCUGUUUCACUUGCAAGGCAUCUGCAUUCCAUAGGAGCUAAAAUGUAUGGGGCCUUCUGGUGUUCACAUUGUUUAGAACAGAAGCAGAUGUUCGGAAAGGAGGCAUCAGAUAUUUUGGACUAUGUGGAAUGCUUUCCCGAUGGAUAUAGGAAAGGAACUAAAAUAGCCAAGGUGUGUGCAGAUGCUAAAAUCGAGGGUUUUCCUACUUGGGUGAUCAAUGAUCAGGUCUUGAGUGGAGAGCAAGAACUGUCAGAGCUUGCACAGCUUUCUGGAUUCAAGUAUAGUGAAUCGAGUCAACCUACUUAGAGUAAUCAAUUAUGAUUGCAAUAGUAUUUGUACAGCUUUUGAUACAUGUGCUUGUGGUCUGCAACGACUGCUGAAAUUGUUCAUAAUCUAUAGAAGUCGAGUGCUUAGAAAUUCAUAUAAA